AUGCCGCGUAGGUCUACCGCCACAGAUGGAAGUCCAAGACGAGUCAAGGAGGAGCGCGUUAAGGUGAAGGAAGAGAAGAGGAGGAAAGCGCGUAGUGAGCCUGAGGAAGAAGAGCACCAACAGGAUGAGCAAGAGCAGGAUGGGGAGGGCGAGCCCGAUGAAGAGCAGGACGACGAAGGAGAGCAGGCCAGCCCUCGCGGCUCCAAACGCAGACGUACGAACGGGGACGGUGACUCUGUCCCCAGCGGCACCCAGGACGACGAGCCUGUCCUGCCCAGGGUCAAGACACUGCCCCGUGGCGAUGACGGGUACAUCCCAGGCUCCAUCGUCCGCAUCCAGCUGCACAACUUCGUUACCUAUGACUAUGUUCAGUUCUUCCCGGGGCCGUAUCUCAACAUGAUCAUCGGCCCCAACGGGACUGGCAAGAGUAGUAUCGCGUGUGCGAUUGCACUGGGGCUUAACUUCCCUCCUCAGAUCCUGGGCCGUUCCAACGAGCUCAAUUCAUAUGUCAAGAACGGGACGUCGUCGGGGUAUAUCGAGAUUGAGCUCAAGGGCCCGAAGGGGAAACCCAACCUCGUCAUUCGCCGCAACAUUAGCUCGGCCUCGAAGAGUUCAUCGUUCUCUUUGAAUGGCCACUCGGCCACCGGAGCUGAGAUUAAGAACAAGAUGAAUGAGCUGAAUGUGCAAGUUGGGAACUUGUGCUCGUUUCUUCCUCAGGAUCGCGUCUCCGAGUUCGCGGCGAUGACCCCACAAGAGCUGCUUAGGGAGACUCAGCUAGCCGCUGGAGACCCAAAUCUGACGAAGUGGCAUCAGACCCUCAUUGCAGCUGGAAAGGACCUUAGAGCUCUUCAGCAGACAAUUAAAACGGAGGAAGACUCCCUGAAGCAGAUGAAGGAACGUAACGAGGGCAUUGAACGAGAUGUCCAGCGUUAUAAAGAACGCAAGAGGAUUGAGAGAGCGAUCGAACUCCUCCAGCUCCUCAUUCCAGUAGCACAAUACCGCGAAAUUCGCGAGCACUUCCUUGAGGCUAAGGAAGUCCAACGUAAAUGGCAUGAGAGAGUCAAGAUCUUGCAGGAACGAAACGCUCCAGCGCACGAACUGCUCAAGCGCUAUGCACAGGACUACAAAAAUGCUGAGAAGGAACGCGACCAUCUCAAGAAGAAAACGCAGGAAAAGUUCAAGCAGCUCAAACAGAAGAAUCAGGCUAGUUUGGCUUUGGAACAAGAGGCGCAAAACCUGACCGAGCAGCUCUCAACGCUCAAGGAUGAGGAGAAGGCCCGUGCCAAGCAAAUCCGUGUCCUGGAAGGGGAGGUGCAGAGGUGGCGAGAGGAGGUCGCCAAGCCACCUCCUGAAGGUCUGGCGAGUGACGAGGAAAUAAAGCAGGCGUCGAAAGAGCUCCAGGAUCUGAAACGGGCUGUUGGCGAGAAGAUCGAAGACUUCAACGAGAAGAUACGGGCCCAGGUUAAUAUCAAGGCUGACCACGCUCGCGCCCUUGAGCACGCUCAGAAGGCGCUGGCAGCCCAGAACAACGUCGACGUGCAGAAGCUCGAAAUGCUAAAGAAGUGGGACAAAGACGUGGCUGACGCCAUCGUUUGGGUGCGCGACAACAGGCAUAGGUUCAAGAUGGAGGUCAUCGAGACGCCGUUCAUGCGCAUGGCGAUGAAGAACGAUUGUAGGAAGUGGACGAACCAGGUCGAGGCGUGUAUUGGUGCUGGGCAGAUGAAGACUUUCGUUGCACAGUGCAAGGAGGAUGUGGAUACGCUGAAUCACUACAUCAACGACGAAGGCUGCCUUGGACGGAAGGUCCGCAUUACGACCUGGUGGCGUGCCCACCAGCCAGAGACGCUCAUCCCACCUCCGAUGAGCAGAGAUGAGCUCAAAGAACAGAACUUCGACGGCUACGCCCUCGACUACCUCGACUACCCUGCAGGUCUCGAGUGGUUCCUGACGAAAGAGCUCAACCUGCACCGCACCGCCAUCGCUCUCAACACCCGGAUUGACGUCAAUCGGGUCAUGGAUAUCGUCGCGCGGCCUUCUUCUCUUCAUCCAGGCGGGGCGAACUUUGUUUAUGGGAGCACGAUGAACAUUGUGACGAGGUCGAGGUAUGGACGGAGGGCGGUGUCGAACUUGACGAGAGAUGUGCAGAAUGCGAGGAACUUGACGGCGCCGAGCAUUGACCCUGCCGUCAAGCAACGUCUCGACGAAGCUGUAGCGCAAGCAUCGACCCAGCUCGGCCUCGCAGAAGGUUCGAUCAAGGAGUUGAAGCAGGCGAUGAGCGCUCUGGACCCCGAGAAGGAAGUGUGCGACGAGAAAGAGGAGAGAUUCAAGGCGAUGAAGGACGAGAAGAUGAAGGAGGCGAAACGCCUUGGAACCGCCAAGACCAAACUUUCUUCGAAGCAAGAGUCACUCGCAGGACUUCGCAAGUUGCCGUCGGCUGAGCAGAAACAGAAAAAAUUGCAGAAGCAGCUCGUUUCGAACGCUGAGCAGAGGAUGGAGUUCGCGAAAGAUUAUACAAUCCUCGUGCAUAACAUCAUCCACGAGCAACAGCGUUGCACGGUCGUAGGUCUGAAGUAUCUCCAGAUUGCAGCAAACAAGGCUGCUUUGCAGGAUCUUUGCGAUCGUAAAGACGAGAAGUAUCAGACAGCUCUGAAGGAAUACAACGCCGUCAAAAAAGCCAACGAACGCUUCCAACGUGUCAAAGAGAAAUCUAAAGCCCUACGCGACAGGAGCCGGCACAUCCUCGAUGGUGUCGAAGACGACGUCCGGGACGCCUUUGAGAACAUCGAGAACCCGCGCCUGCAAUAUGACAGCGACCUGAAGAAGGCCUUGGAGGAUGGUACUCCGCUUCCCAGCAAGGAAGGCAUUGACUUUAGAACGGCGGACGAGCUCGAUGCAGAGCUGGAGACGCAGAGGGCGGAGCUUGAGAUGAACAUGAACACGAACCCUGGUGUGGUCGAGCAGUAUGAGAAGCGAAAGAGAGAUAUUGAGCAACUUGAGGCUGCUGUUGCAGAGAAGAAGAAGAGGGAGGAGAGGACUCUCGGCCAGAUCAAGAAUGCUAAAGACAACUGGCACCCAGCCCUGCAGAAACUCGUCAACAGUAUAGGGGCCAAGUUCUCUGCCGCCUUUGAUCGCAUCGGUUGCGCUGGCGAGAUCCGCAUCAGCGAGAACGAGGACUACGAGAAGUGGGCGAUCGACAUCCUCGUCAAGUUCCGCGACAGUGAGAAACUACAGCUCCUAACGGCUCAUCGCCAGUCUGGUGGGGAACGAUCCCUGACUACCAUCCUGUACCUCAUGAGCUUGACGGAAGAGGCACGAGCUCCUUUCUCUCUCGUAGACGAGAUCAAUCAGGGCAUGGACCAACGGGCCGAACGUGUCGUCCACAACUCGAUGGUCAACGUGACCUGCCAGCCGGACAGCGCACAGUACUUCCUCAUCACACCCAAGCUGCUUCCUGACCUGGAGUACCACGCAAGGAUGAAGAUUCUCUGCGUCAACAACGGAGAGUGGCUACCAGAGGAAAGGAACCUCAGUGGCCGCAUGUGCGAUAUGAUCGAUGGGUAUCUCGCGCGGCAGAAGGGGUCUCGUUCCGCGAAGGAUCUGUGA